AUGAAGACAAAUUCAAAAGAAUUUACACGCAAUUAUUUCCACAGUUCUGUAAUGUCGCUUUUAGACACGCCAAGUGCACACAACUUUUUGCGGCACCGUGUUGUUCUUUAUGAGUGUCUUUUCUCUGGCAACGACAUUCGCGCGGUUUCAUUUCUUCCCAUCAACAUCACUGAAAAAGCAACACGCAAGUUUUUUGCGUUUUCAAACCCUCAAAGCCAACCCAAAACAUCACCUAAGAUCUUUCAAAAGUUUUCAACAACACAACAAACAAUCACAUUUGUUGACUUCUCGUCGGAAACUUUACUGCAAAGGAGUGCUGCGUUUCUUCUUGAUGUUUUGGGUCGUUUAAAGACGUCAUUUUUUGUCGUUCCCGUCACGCACUUUUCGAGUCGAUUUAACAUCACUCCACCAAAACGAACACCAAGUAUUACAAAAGACUUUAAUGAAUACGCCGCACAUUUUCUGAAUUCAAUCAACAAAGUGAAGGAAGACACUUCUUUGUGUUUUAUUGAGAAAUGUGACGAAGUAUUCAAAGUGAUGCAUUUGGCGCAUUUUCCCGUCAUGAGUGACGCAUUGUUGACUGGAAAUGGAGUGACUGUACUUUCACAGAAUGCAGAGAUGAUAGCAAAUGAGGCGGAUUACACGUAUGAUGUUGCGUGUGCUGAUAUUGCCGAAUAUGUUGCACGACAGAACAUCAUCAUAGUGUCAAACAACUCACAGAAGAAAAUGUUGAGUGAGUGUUCCGAUUGUGAACAAAUUUAUAGUUUGACGGAUUUCAUUCGAAAAUAUGUUGAGAUGAAGACAACAAGGCGAUACGUCAAUGUGGCACUUGCAGAGAGUGCAGUGCGACAGAAUGUCGAGACGGUAGAGGCUGUUGCAUCGAAGACGUUUUGUGGAGUGCAGCGAUUGUUUUUGUGUGUGUUAUGUGUUGUAGAAGAGUGGAGUUGUGUUGCACGAAUACUUGAGAAGAACACUUUUGAGUAUGUCGAAGUGACUGACACACAACACACAAUAGCAAGUCUGCUGUCUUGUACAAACACAACACAACAACAAGAAGAAGAAGACAAGAAUUGUGCGUCUGACAGAACUGCAAACAAAAUCAACGAAAUUGCAAAACGUGUUGAAGGGAGAAAGUGUAGUGUGUGUUGUGGCGAUGGGAGAGAAGGGCAGUACGUCUGUACAAUCCAUUUCAUGUGCAAUGAAUGUAUCAAGCAGUGGAAAUACACAACUUUUUGUGCGUGUCCAAUCUGUGCAUUGUACUUUGUUGACUGA